GCGCCAUCAGUUCUGUCCCUGAUUCUCUGUGCAGAUACAAUCUCUCGCCCCGCCAUUGGAUUUCACGUCUUAAAUUAUAUAAUCUAUUACCAGAUUAUCGGGUGGGGACUCAGGCAAAGAAGGCAAUUUGAAAAGGGUCUGACCCCGCAGCUUUGAUUCCUGCGUGCUUCCGUAAUGUCCCAUUGUCCUUCACUCGCCGGUCUGGCCUGACUACUGCUUUACUCUUAUCUCAAUUCUACACAAGAAAUUGAGGUCGCGACACCUCCACAAGAGCGCAAAUACAGCUGAGUCCGAUUCGGAGUAAGCCAAUAGAAAUGAUUUUUAUGAUACUGAUUGUUAAAAGAAACGACACAUUGAGUGAGAUGAAUAACAGUCACAAAGAAGCUUGCCGUCAUUUUCAAUGGUUGGUGCUGCGUGGAAUAAACUGCACAGGGCAGAAAUACAUUGACAUUCGCCCCUCUUGUCACGUUUAUUACCCUUGGUGAUGAGAUGCAAACCCGUAACAACAGGAACACAAUAUAACGUAGCCCCCUUCGCAGACUAUCGGAACGGCGCACGGUGUUUAUUUUUGACAGCCACCACGCCACGUUUGGGGAGCUCUUAUUCGCGAUUUUCAACAUGGGCUAAGGCUCUCUAUGCAGGGAAGGAAGUUGGCCGGAAGAAUGAGUUAUACCGCUCCCGAACGGCACUAUAGUCUCCCGGCCGAAAGUCUGCGAAGGAGGCUAGAUCUAACCAACGAAAAGUGCAUUCUGAAACAAAGCUGCUAAAAGUAGAAAAACUGUAUAAAUCUAGAUCUAUGUAUGCUGAACCUCAAUAGUAAAAAAAAGAGCCAUGGACAUCAAUUGCCUCUUUUCAAUUCUUCGACUAAUGACCCAUGAAAUCUCCUAAAUGCUGAUUUAUAUAGAUCUAGCCUUAGGCUUUCCCUUGGACUAUUAAUAGAUAAUUACGCAAAUCUUAUGUGAGGCAAGCUUGCAUUUUGAUUGGUCAUGGCUGCAGGCGGUUUAGUGCACUAGUGGGUGUCUUCGCCAAUUACGUUGCGCGUUGAGCAUUCAAUGCUUGAUCAAAAUAAGCUACACAAGAAAUACUUGUAUUGAAUGAAGUACCUAUUCCCUGCUCUCCUCUCCGAAUAUACCUUACAGUGUUACACAUAUAUGAUCCGUUAGCAUGCGUUGAUUUGUCUUUGAUUAUAAUCUUGCCUAUUUCUACAUAAAAACCACGUGAAGCCACGUUUAUAUGCAAUCUACAAAGCGGCUGCCACAUAUGAUGUUCUCUCGAUCUACGCUGGGCUUCAUACUUCUUGAACGAAGUUCAAUGGACAUGCCAUGCCCUAAUACGACAGAGUUUAAUAUUGCAAGGCAAGAAAUUUAUAUUGAAGAUCUAACAUAAUGUGGAACUGAUAGAAAAUGAUAAAACAAACAAAAGCAUCCGUAGCAUUGCCAAAAUAGCUGGGUGCAGUUCAGACGAGGAACGCCAGAGUUCGAACCAAAAAUAAAGUGCCAAUCAUCGGCUCGGGACUGUCACAAAGUUGUUACACGCUCCUCAUUGGCUACCCUGUGGCAUUAAUCCCACAGUGGGCGGAGCUACAAAAGUGACUACUAGAAAAAUGUGAUACUUUGGCUCAUGCUGGGCAGGCGCCGUGAAACCGACACUUUUCUGUAAUUGGUUAGUUUCAAACAGCCCAGCAAAAUCUCACUCGCUGAUUGGCCACAGUUUGAAAACCACGUUGGUGUAAGACCGGGUGUGGGGUACACGCAGUCCCAACUUCAUCAACUUCACCGGCCGGCGUUUCCUUCUUUAGUCCUACCUUAACGGGUCUUUGCUGUGGAUUUCAUCAACAGACAUAGAUUUCAUCAACAGGUCAAGUAAGCAUGGAGGCACCCUUGACCUUCAAGACAAUAGCCUGUCGGCCGCCGAUGUGUGCCCGCUGCAGGAACCAUGGUGUUUCUGCACUCCUGAAGGGCCACAAGAAGAAGUGCCAGUGGAGGGACUGUGAAUGCCCAAAAUGCUACCUGAUUGUUGAGCGCAGACGUGUCAUGGCGGCCCAGGUUGCACUGCGUCGUGCACAAGACGCUGAAGACAAGAGCAGACAGAGCACCCCCUCCCCCAUGCAGGGCAUGGAGCUUCCCAAGUCCCGCGGUGGGUCUCGUUCGUCCUCCCGCGCUGCUUCACGGUCGUCAUCUCGGUCCGCAUCUCGCCCUGGCUCCCGUGCUUCCAGGGGAGGCAGCCGCCCGGCCAGUAGAAGCUGCAGCAGUGUUAGUCCUGAUAAUUACACAGAAACCCGGCGCAUGCACCCGUACUCCUCUUCAGCCACGCCUGACUGCAUUUCCCCUCCAAUCCUGGCAACCCAGCCCACCCCCAUACUCAAGAUGGAACAGUCCCCAGUUGCACCCAGGCCCCUUCCACAACAACUGACACCUGUCAAUCAAAUGCCACUGAUGUCCAACUACAUGCCCAGCCCCCUGCAGGGCCCCCUGGGAAGCCCCAUCGCAGCCAUGGGCAGCCCCGUGGCAAACCUGCACCAGAUCACCAACGCAUACUACGCUAACCAGGCACCCAUGUCGCCUUACUCGCCACAUCUCGCCCCAAACCACCUGGCCCUGCUGUGUAAGAUCUUCCCCGAACACCGACCUCACGUGCUGCAGAUUAUAUUAGAUCGCUGUUCUGGAGACAUAGUCCGGGCUAUCGAGAACAUCAUAGCCUGCCACGCCUACCAGAGGGAGCUGGAGUGCACGCAGAAGACAGCAGCACCCUUUCAGUACCCGAGCCCUACCCCCACCUCUCUGUCCCUGCCCCACACCCUCAGUCCUGUCUCUGUACUGCCCACCGUGGGGGAGUACAGCUCUGCCUUCUCCCCUGUCCAUCCCAGCGCUCAGCUGCAGACCAGGGUCCUGACUCAACAGGGGGCACUGCAGACUCCCAAGCAGGAAAAAUCACAGAAUGCAUCCCCAUUAGUGCCAGGCUACAGCCGCCGCUACGGUCAGCCCACACCCAUCGCUAGGUCUCUGAGCUUCUCUGAUGGCGACAGUAACGCAAGCAGUCAAGCAUCACAAGGGGGCGAAGCUGACCAUGCAGCUGCUGAAGCUCUUAUCAACCUGUACGCCUCCCCUGCACACUCCAAACACAGCUCGCCAGAGGGAGAGAUGUCUCCACCCAACACCACCAGUGCCCCAUCUGCUUCAAAUCUCACUCAACACGACGGUUCCACCAUCACAAACGACGAGAACCAGCAAAUCCGACACUCCAUCAAGGAGCUGCUCAUGAGCCAGGACAACCAACCGGCCUCCUCCAUCAAGUGCGAGGAAAACAACUGGUACUUUAUGGCAGGAACAACCAUGGGUGAGAGUGAGGAGUGCAAGCCUGCCGAGCCCACCGUCUCUAUGACAAAAAGCAGCAGUCCCAAGCAGACUGUGAAUAUUAGCUGGGGUGCACCAAACAAUGGAGAAGAGUGAGCAAGUCUUUUCAUCUAGUACAUGCUUCAUGUAUCAGCUUGAAUAGAUGCACCUAUGAAUGUGUAAAUAGCAGUGAGUAUAACUGUCUGUUAAAAGAAGUGGCAAAGAUGCCCUUUAGUUAAGAGAGAAGAAAAAUGGAUGUUGACAAUAACCAAAUAUGGAAUGUUGACUGCAAUGUGUGCAUCACAUAACUUGAGGAAGUGCACACUUUAUGGCGAUGUUUGAAAAGUGCCAAGUGUCAAGAGUUGUCAAAGUCCUCUUGUUUACAGUGUAUGCUUGGGUUGGAAGAAAAUCAAAUCCACUGGUUCAGCUACAUCACUUUUAAAUGAAGUUUUCGGACAUGGAAUUCCUUUUUAUAGCGAUCGGUACAGUGAAAAUGUUGUCAAAACCAGUUCUAAUGUGAAUUGUUCUGUCAGUUCACCCUCAGCUUGAGCCAUUCCAUUGCAAUGCAAGGUAGGGUUUUUCCAAAAAUUCUUGGGAAAAAAUGGUUUUCUGAAUAUCAAAAUAGUGAACUGUUUUAAUGUAGACCUACCAUGUGUUUUGUAAGUGUAAUAAGCAACACAAAAGUAGCUUUAUAAUACUGUAGUAUCCAUACUCUUUCUUUUGGUGAAGCAAGGAAUGCUAUCAGGCUGUGCUGAUGCUGUAAUAUCCCACAUGAGCAAGGACGUUGCAAUAAAUUUGAAGAGUAUGAAAAAAUAAAGUAAUUGCUAGUAAAUUGGAAAAAAGUAAAGGAUACCUUUAAUCAGUGCUUAUUACAAGCAUACUCUGGUAUUGUUCAAAAAUGUUGUAGAAGAAUGUAUAUGGUUUAAAGAACAUGUAUAUAUGCUGUUACUUGUCCAUGUCUUCACUUGAUCACAUGUUUGGGAGAAAAACCAUCAAUUCAAACAUGAGUGCAAGUAUCAAUAAAAAUGAGACAUCCAGGUAUUUAAGGACACAAUCAAUACAAAAGUUACUUAAGCAGAAAACAUCCACUGUAUUUUGUCAGUGGGUCCAAAGUCAAAGUACCGGUACAUGUAGGAAAAUGAUACAUAAACAUGUACCCUGUCAUGGAUAGUGGUGAGACACCUGCAUAGUCAAAUAAACCAAACAUACACAAAACCAUAUUGGAUUAGAAAUCAACCAGAGAUCCCUUUUAUUAGCAAUGGCCCCUACAGGUCCAUCUGUUUACAACUGAAGUUAGACUCUGCUCAUCAUAAACACAGCUAUAAGCUAGCAGCCUUGCAACUGCAUUUUACUUCUCCAGGUAGAUGCAUUCCUAUGUCAGUUCUAACUAUACCGACAAUCUCAUAAAUUCCUCUAUAGCUCUUUACAAAAGUAAACUAUCGAUUCAGCUUAUCUAUACUGGAGUACUGAUUCACCAUCUUUUAUACAAUACUACUCCACAUUACAACGCUCAGUUUAUCACUCAAAA